GAGUUAAGGAAAAGUUGAGGAAAAGCAAACGUCGAGGAACGGAGGAACGCGCCCGAAAGGCAACGGUCUCUAACCGAUGUUCACAGUUACUAGUCCAACGAAUUCUUGUACUAGUCCCAAGACUAGUCCUUAUUCUGUGCUCACAGUCAUUACGUCGCAUUCUUCGAGUUGAGGUGAUAUCGUUAGUGUUUAUAGCGACCAAAUUAAUGGACGCAACGUUGUUUCAAAUAUUAUUUCAACCUAUGCAAUUAUCUGUGAGCAAGGAGUCCAAUAAUAUACCUUCAAACUUUGAAAACUAUGGUGAUUUGACAUACCCUUGUCGUAUCCGACACCUAAUGUAUAAUCUAUUGAGAUCCUGAGCGAUCUUACUUGAAGCAUGGCGACACCGACAAAUGGCAAUGGAAAUCUCGUCGACGAGUUUGAAGAGGCAUUCCAGCAAUGUUUAAACAUCUUGACCAAAGAUGAGAGCCUCGGCAACAAUAGCGUAGGUGUUGGUCUGACUGUAGACAAAGAUGAGGCUCGAGGAGAGGUAGAGCAGGUCACCCUGAGGUUUAUAGAUCUUGCCAGACAAAUGGAAGCCUUUUUCUUACAAAAAAGAUUUUUAUUAUCAGCUCUAAAGCCUGAGCUUGUUGUCAAGGAAGAUAUAAAUGAUUUGAAAGUAGAACUCGUCAGAAAAGAAGAUUUGAUAAAAAGGCAUUACGACAAAAUUGCAGUUUGGCAAAACUUACUAGCUGAUCUUCAGGGCUGGGCCAAGUCACCUGUACAAGGACCUGCACCUAAUGGCUUAGCCAAUGGUAGCGGUGUUCAAGCACCACCAGCAGGUAAUGGAAGUGGAGGGCCUGUUAUGCAACAGCAACAACAGCAGCAACAACUGCUCCAACACCAGCAACAGUUACAACAGCAGCAGAUGCAGCAGGUGCAACAGCAUCAACUGCAGCAACAACAACUUCAUCAGCAACAGGUUCAGCAGGUUUCGGGUGCUCCACCACCUCAAGGUCUGCAAGGCGUCGGUGUCUCAGUUGCCCAACAGGGAAUGUUUAUGUCCCAGGGGGGUGGGGCAAGAGCAGGUGGCUUUGGGGUAGGAGGUGGUGCUUUACAGGGUCCACUAGCAUUUCUUGAGAAGACGACGAGCAACAUAGGAAUGCCUGAAGGGCGAAGGUGACGCGGACGGGGGAGGGGGCGAGGUAGAGGUCGAGGAAGAGGCAGAGGUAGGGGUCGUGGUCUAGCACCACCACCCCUCCUUGAUCCUUCCGACCCUUCUUCGUAUGCUGCUGCUGCUGCGGCGCCCCUUCCCUCUCAGCAACAGCAGCCCCCUCCCCCAUGCACUUAAUGAUUUCUUUAUUCUGUACAUUUCGAUUAACUUGAAGGGUUCCGUGAUUACACAUUAAUAUUCACCAAACUGUCUCCUAAUUAAUGAAUUGCGUUGAACUCACCUGAUAAAAUCAAGUUACAUCACUCCAGAUACAGAAUAUGAAAUCAUCGUAUUGUUUUGUUUUUUUUUUCAUAAUUCAUAAAUUAUUAAGUUAUCUGUAUCAUAUAGGUGUGGAAAUCGUAAACCUAUAAACAGUCUCAUACAAUUUCGAAUAGAUUUUCAGUUCAUUCCUUUAUGUUUAUGUAAAAUUAUUAGUUAGAUAAUCUGAUAAUUAUAAUCAGUGAUUACAUAUGAAAGAUGUUAUGCUCAUAUUUGCUGCAUAGUUUGAGUUUUGCAAACAUUCAUUUCAUCAUUUUUCGUGAUUAAGAUACAUGGUUAAAAAAGUAGUUAGUAUUUAAGGUUUAAGUUGAUAUUGUAACUUAUUUUAACUGAUAGUUUGAACGUUUCAAAGUCAAGGAUUCGAUGUCUAUUUAGAGUAAACCUAAGUGUUUAUAUUUCUUUACCCUGAGUUUGAGACACGAACAUCUAAGGCAUCAGAAACUUGCCCGUGUACUAUGCUCCUUUUUCAAGUCUAUCGGCUGCAAACGCUAUUUCGAAAUUCCAGAUAUUAGUGGAUUUAAAAGAAUUCAUUUGAUUUUUAGUUUUGUAAAGCAACUUUCGUAUGACACUUGAAGAUGAAUUCGUAAUCUAUUUUUAUGAUCCUUUGAAUGACAUCAAAGUCGUUCCAUUUGUCAUACCAUUGGGAAUAAAAUCACUCGACUUAUACUGUAGGUGGGAAGAAUCUUGGUUUAACAAACAUUCUGUAAUUAUGAAGUGAUUAGAUACAGCGAUACAAGUUCUCUAUCACAAUUUGUACAUAGGUUCUACUAAACUCAAGUUUAUUUGUUAAGCUUUAAAAUGUAAAUAGUAUUAGAAUACUUUAUAUUCUAGCUACUGUGACAUGUCAGUCAAAUAACUCGUAAUCCUAAUUUAUGUAAAGAAUAAUUAAUUUCCAUGGUAAAUAAAAUGAAGAAUUUGAACACCGUUUUUAAUCAA